CUCGUUUCAGCAGUUGAAGUUGUUGAAGGUGCUGAUUUUAAAAGGGAAUCUUAUUGGGAAUUUUUCGUGGAGGAUUUUGUGGGGUUGCAAGCGCUGGAGAUGUUGGAUCUGGCUGAAAAUCAGCUGACAGAUUUGGAACUUUUAUACGCCAGUAAUCUCGCCGCCGCAUCGGCGCCUAAUCUCUCCCGCCUAUCGCUCCACCACAACCACUUAACGACCGCCUCCUUCCGCGCCAGUACCGACACCAACGCCACGAACACCACCACCGACACCGCCGGCGUCUUCCUCGGGCAUCCCGUCCAAUUCCUGGAUCUGUCCUACACUGGCGUCGACAGUCUCCCGCUGGUCAUCCAGCACUUCCCCAACCUGGUCUCCCUAAAUCUCUCCUACUGCGGCAUCGACGAUGGGCGUCUGGCGGGGCUGGACGCCGGUGUGCAGCUGCGGGAGGUGGUCUUGCGCGGAAAUUUGUUCACAGAGAUUACGGAUUAUCCCCGGAAGAAGGGGAUCACCCUGGAUGUGGCCGGGACUGAUGUGCAGUGUGCGUGCUGGAUGGUGGGGGUGCUGGACGCCGGGGAACAGCAGUGGAAAGGUCUGGACUGCAUGACCGACCCCGCCCGCCUCACCGCCCUCCGCGCCCUGUGCGCCGCCCCCGGGGUCGGCAGCCACCUGUUCCUUCCCCUUCUGGUGAUUAUCGGCGCUUUAUUGGUGAUCGGCGCCGCGUUCUCCUGUUAUCUGUGCUACCGCUACCGUCCGCAGAUGUACAGCGACUGGCUGCGCUGUACUUGUCUGCGGAAGCUGUGCGGGAACCGGCAUGAGGACCGGAAGCCGUCGGAACUGAUGGCCUUCGUGUCGGCCACCAACAGCAGCACGCCCACCAUGCAGAGCGUCAGUCCCACGCCGGAACUCCACGAUCCGGCCCAGUUUAUCCGGGCGCAUGCGCAGCCCGUGCUACACGAUGCAGGAGAUCCGCGACGCGUUUUCGAGAAGAACGACGACUCGGCGAGCGACGAUGAGGAGGAGGAUUCCUGUACGAAGUGAUCGGCAGUGGUCGUCAGCGCGACUGCUACGUCAAUCAGCGCUACAUUGACGCUCAAAGUCAGCCUGUGACGGAAUUGUGAUUCUGCGGAUUCUUUGCACAAAAGUGUCUUCCCAACCGACCCGUAAAUUUUUCUGACCGCAUUUGCUCCAUUUUAUGAUUAACAAAUUUUCCCCGCGAAUCUCUAACCGCAUAAUCAAAAACAGAUUGGAUUAUUUUUUUGUGUUGAUGAGUGUCGUGAAUUGCCGUUAACCUGUAGUAUUUUGAUGAUUCCCUGUUUGUUGCCAUUUCUACUAAUGAGCUUGAUUAAUUCGAGCGUUACAGAUGUUUUGGAUUAAUUUUGUUGGAUCUGCUGUGUGCUGUUUGGAUUAUAGUUGAUUUUUGUGAUUUAUUACCAGUUCCUUCAAUAAAGUUAUGGACUUA